AUGUCUGGGAAACGUAGAGCUGAUAAUCAAGUUACAAGAGAAAACUUACAUGAACAUGAAAGAAGUGAUGAUGAUGAUGAAGCUCCAAAAGGUCCAACUUUAGCUUCUGCUGAUGUAUUAGCUAAAAGAAAGAUUUUAAAACCAAGAUCUAGAUUGAAUAGAGCUGCUGGUGCUGGUUCUGCUGCUUCUUCUGCUGCUCCAUCUUCAGGCUUUAGUUUUGGUGCUUCUACUACUGCUGCUGCUAAUGAUAAACCUGCUAAUCCAUUUGGUGGAUUUGGUCAAUCAAAUACUUCAACCACAUCAAAACCAAGUUUCAAUUUUGGUCAAUCAACUACUCAAAAAGAUGAAGAACCUUCAAAACCAAAUCCAUUUGGGUUUUUUGCUAAACCUUCUUCAGAUGAAAAACCAAUUGAAGAAAAACCAAAAAAUGUAUUUUCAUUUAUUAAUAACAAUAAUAACAAGGGUGAAACUUCAUUAACUAAAUCACCAUCAACUCAAUUAACUUCAACACAAAAGUCCACUCAACAAGAUCCAAAACCAAAUAAAAUUAAAGCAUUAAAUGAUAAUUUUUAUAAUAAAAUUACUCAAGAAAAAAAUCAAGAUCCUGUAUCAAAUUUUACUCCAAUAUUAAGAAAAUAUAUUGAUUAUUAUGAAAAAAUUGAAAAUGAUCCUGAAUAUUUACCUGAUGCUGAUCAAGAUCAACCUAUUCAACCACAAUUAGAAAAUAAAGAUGAACAAAAAUCGUUACCUGCUCCAAAUAAACCAACUUUUACAUUUGGUCAAUCUCAAAAUCAAUCAAAACCUGCAGCUAUAACAUUUGGUAACAAUGCUGCUUCAACUGCUCCUGCUCCUACUUCUUUUAAUUUUACUAAAGAACCAACUCCAAUGGAAGAAUCAAAAGAUGAUACAAUUAAUUCCACCAAAAAUGAUGGAGAUCAAGAAGUUAUAAACGUUUCAAAUGAUUCUGAUAAUGAUUCUGAUGAUUCCGAUGAUUCAAUUAAAGUUGAAGGUCCAAAAUUCACAUUAGCUGCUCCACCAACUACAAAUGAUUCUGUUUUCAAAUUAAAUAAAUCUGAAACCAAUGAUAAAUCUAAUUCAAAUUCAACAGGUCCUUCAUUUACAUUUAGUGCAAGUUCUACUAAAUUUGAUAAUCCAUUUAAAUUACCUCCACCUGAUAAAAAGGAAGAUAAAAAGGAAGAAACUAAAGAAGAAACUAAACCAACUCCUGCACCUGUAUCUAAUUUUAGUUGGAAUCCUGAAAAACCAAUUAAAUUUGGUUCUUCAAAUGAUACAAAAGAUGAAAAAGAUAAAGAAGCUCCAUCAAAACCAACAUUUAGUUUUGGUAAUAAUUCAAGUGCAACUCAACCAUUUAAAUUUUCUGCACCAUCAUCAACUGAAAAACAAGAUGAAUCUACAAAUAAACCAACAUUUAGCUUUAAUACAACCCCUUCAACAUCAAGUACUGAAAGUAAAGAUGUUUCAAAACCAACAUUCAACUUUGGUGGUUCAACAACAUCAACAACAACCACUGAGAAUAAAGAUGCUUCAAAACCAACUUUUAACUUUGGUGGUUCUACAACUUCAUCAACAACAAAACCAAGUUUUAAUUUUGGUGCAAAUUCAACUUCAACACCACCUUCAUUUAAUUUCAAUGAUUCUUCAAAACCUGCCUUUUCAUUUGGUCAAGGUUCAUCAACUUUUAAUUUUAAUAUUGGUGGUAAUAAACCAUCAACAACUACAUCAACAACAACAAAUGAUGAUAAAGAUGAUGAUGAUAAAGUUUCAGAAGAAGAACCAACAACAAAUUUCAAACCAGUUGUUCAAUUAACUGAAAAAAUUGAAGAUAAAACAGGUGAAGAAGAUGAAGAUGUUACAUAUACCAAAAGAUCAAAAUUAUCAAUUUAUCAACCAGGUAAUAAAGAAAAUCCAUAUGAAUCAAAAGGUCUUGGUGAAUUAAAAGUCCUUAAACAUAAAGAAACUUCAAAAUCAAGAAUCUUGGUAAGAUCAGAUGGUGCAAAUAGAGUUUUAUUAAAUGCAGCAAUAUCAAAAGAUUUUAAAUAUGAUACAAUUGGGAAUGGUAAUACUGUUAGAAUACCUAUUGUUACUGCUGAAGGUAAGAUUGAAACUUAUAUAGCAAGAGUUAAAACUCCAGAAGAUGGUAAGAAUUUAUUAAAUGCAUUACAAGAUGCUCAAAAAUAG